CAACCUCAAUUUCGAAUAUGAGCCUUUCCUUAUAUGGAAAAUGUAUACGAUUUAUAAAUAUCGGUAAACUUCACUGAAGAAGUCUACUGGAGGAUCACCUAUGAGUCACACACACUCAAUUUAACCUAGAAAUUAGCACAACAAAAUUCAAUAAUGCAGGACCCUAAUGAAGAUACUCAAUGGAAUGAUGUCCUGAGAGCCAAGGGAAUCAUACCACCCAAGAAAGAUGCGGAAAUUACAGAAGACCAAAUAGUUUCAUUAUUAGAGGAAACAAUUACCGAAAAAACAAAAGAUGGAGUCGACCUAGAUAAAUUGAAUUUGGAUGAGUUGGAUGAAUUAGAAGACUCUGAAGAUGAAGCUAUCCUUUUGGAAUAUCGUAAUAAAAGAAUGGCAGAAAUGAAAAGUAUGUUUGAAAAGGCAAAAUUUGGAUCGGUUGGUGAAAUUUCUGCUCAAGAUUACGUAGAGGAAGUCAAUAAGGCAGGAAGUGAAAUAUGGGUCGUUCUGCAUUUAUACAAGCAAGGAAUUCCAUUAUGUUCACUUAUCAAUGAACACCUGAAGAACUUGGCACAUAAAUUUCCAAUGGUUAAAUUCUUGAAAUCAAUUUCAACGACUUGUAUACCUAAUUAUCCUGAUAGAAAUUUACCAACGAUAUUCAUCUACUAUGAGGGUGAUUUGAAGAAACAGUUCGCUGGGCCUCCAGAUUUUCGACAUGCAGAUCUCAGCCAAGAUGAAUUGGAAUAUCUACUCGGCCAAGCUGGUGCAAUACAAACAGAUAUCAAAGAAAAUCCUAGAAAACAAAUUAAAGACAAAUUAUUUUCAGACCUCAACAAUGACUGGUGAUUAUAUUUAUUAGUAAAAUUGAUUAUUUUUAUGGAUAAUCAAGAGUUACUUUACUUUUAUAUAAUAAGUUGAUAAAGAAUUCUAUCAAGUUUGAAUGUGAAAUAUUUAAACAAAUAGUUAACUUAUUUAUUUGCUUUUAUUUGUAUCUUAAUUUUCAAUAAAUCUUUGGAAACUUGA